CCCCGGCUGGAUCACACUGCUGGAUCCCUCUCUCCCGCUAGAUCCCUCUCUCCCCCGCUGGAUCCCUCUCUCCCGACCGGGCCACACUGCUGGAUCCCUCUCUCCCCCGCUGGAUCCCUCUCUCCCCCACAAGUUAAUUUCUGGGUCUGAGUUUGACCAACAGCAGGGCGAAGGUUGACCACACAACUAUUUUCUGUCCUCUGGACUCCGCAGUUUUACUCACUUCGGUUUUAUCCGGAACUCCACUCAAUACAUUUCCCUUUCGCCUGCGUCAAAUGAAUUUCAGGUUUCGCCUCUUUAAUAUUUGGGAUCCCACCCCCCCCAACUCUUCCGCCCAAUGAGCUCCCGCGGAAAUGAUGUAGGUUCAGUCCCGCGAUUGAAAGGCGAACCCUGUGUGUUUGUUCCAGACAGAGCAGAGUGAGCAAGAGCCCUCUGCUGACAUGGGGAAAUUGGCUGUUUACAUGGAGACACUGACCCUGUUGGUCUAUUUUUGCGUGCAGACAUUCAUAGGCAAAGUUAUGCUCCUCUUCUUUCCCGAAACCGUGAAGAGGUUCGUGUUAAAAAAUGGGUUGAAAACCACCAUGUCGCAAAACCUAAAGUUCAAAUAUGAAGACUGGGGACCAACAUUCUUCACUUUCCGUUUUGUUAAGGUCGCGGCUAGUCACCUACUAACGAAUUGUGGAGAUGAAGCUUUUAAGGGUUUGUCUGCUCCCAAUACACGGGUCAUUGAUUUGGAGAACAAAGAACAUAAAGUACUUGAUUUUGUGAAAGAUAAUAGACCACUGGUGUUGAAUUUUGGAAGCUGCUCCUGACCCCCAUUUCUUUUUAAGUUUGCUGAGUUCAAGCAGCUUGUCAAGGAGUUUAUCCAUGUAGCCGAUUUCCUCAUUAUCUACAUUCAGGAGGCUCAUGCCACAGAUGGCUGGGCUUUUGAAAACAACGUUGAUAUCAAACAACAUCAAACGUUAAGUGAUCGUUUCGACGCAGCAAGGCUAUUGCUAAAUGAGGAACCACCCUGUCCAGUGGUAGUGGACACAAUGGAUAAUGUGACUAGUGCUAAGUAUGCAGCUAUGCCAGAAAGACUAUAUGUGGUGCUCAAUGGUAAAAUCAUUUACAAGGGUGAUUUGGGACCCUGGGGAUAUAAACCAGAAGAAGUACGAUUAGUUUUACAAAAUCUAAGUUAAACCACUAAAUGGUGGAACCAUUAACACCAGGAAACACCGGUGUAAUUUUGAGAGAGAGCUUUCAUGGACAUUGUCAAAUACAAGGAAACGAUAUAAUACAUAAAAGUAAAUCAAAGAAGGUUUCUUUUCCAUAUUGAUAAUGAUUUUCUCAGUUUUAAAUUAGUGACUGGGAUUUGAUAAUUUGAAUAUGGAAGAAAGACAUCUUAGUAUUUGAUUAAUGCUUACUUUAUGUUUUCAUAUCAAUUGUAAUAAGUCUAAGAUUUAGUCAGUGAAAGCUAGGACAGUAAAUUCC